UCUGGGGACGACCUGGACUCAAGCCAGUUACAGAUGGAGCCCGAUGAGGUGGACACUCUGAGGGAGGGAGAGGAUCCAGCUGAUCGGAUGCACCCCUUCCUGGCCAUCUAUGACCUUCAGCCUCUGAAAGUGCACCCCUUGGUGUUUGCGCCUGGGGUCCCUGUCACAGCUCAGGUGGUGGGCACUGAGCGGUACACCAGCGGAUCCAAGGUGGGAACCUGCACUCUGUAUUCCGUCCGACUGACUCAUGGGGACUUUACCUGGACGACCAAGAAGAAGUUCCGUCAUUUCCAGGAGCUGCAUCGGGACCUCCUUAGACACAAAGUCUUGAUGAGUCUUCUCCCUCUGGCUCGCUUUGCUGUUGCCUAUUCUCCAGCCCGAGAGGGAGAGGCAGGCAACAGAGAGAUGCCCUCCCUACCCCGAGGAGGUCCCGAGGGCUCCACGAGGCAUGCAGCCAGCAAGCAGAAAUACCUGGAGAAUUACCUCAACCGCCUCCUGACCAUGUCUUUCUACCGUAACUACCAUGCCAUGACAGAGUUCCUGGAAGUCAGCCAGCUGUCGUUUAUCCCAGACCUGGGCUCCAAAGGACUGGAAGGGGUGAUUCGGAAGCGCUCAGGUGGCCACCGAGUGCCCGGCCUCACCUGCUGUGGUCGAGACCAAGUUUGUUAUCGCUGGUCCAAGAGGUGGCUGGUGGUGAAGGACUCCUUCUUGCUGUACAUGUGCCUCGAGACCGGCGCCAUCUCAUUUGUCCAGCUGUUCGACCCUGGCUUCGAAGUGCAGGUGGGGAAGAGAAGCACAGAGGCGCGGUAUGGGGUGCGGAUCGACACUUCCCACAGGUCCCUGAUUCUCAAGUGCAGCAGCUACCGGCAGGCACGGUGGUGGGGCCAAGAGAUUACAGAGCUGGCACAGGGCCCAGGCAGAGACUUCCUACAGCUGCACCGGCAUGACAGCUACGCCCCACCCCGGCCUGGGACUUUGGCCCGAUGGUUUGUGAACGGGGCAGGUUACUUUGCUGCUGUGGCAGAUGCCAUCCUGCGAGCUCAAGAGGAGAUUUUCAUCACGGACUGGUGGUUAAGUCCCGAGGUUUAUCUGAAGCGUCCUGCCCACUCAGACGACUGGAGACUGGACAUUAUGCUCAAGAGGAAGGCGGAACAGGGUGUCCGCGUGUCUGUACUGCUGUUUAAAGAAGUGGAACUGGCCUUGGGCAUCAACAGUGGGUACAGCAAGAGGGCUCUGAUGCUGCUGCACCCCAACAUCAAGGUGAUGCGCCACCCAGACCAGGUGACGCUGUGGGCCCAUCAUGAAAAGCUCUUGGUAGUAGACCAAGUAGUGGCCUUCUUGGGGGGCCUGGACCUUGCCUAUGGCCGUUGGGAUGACCUGCACUAUCGACUGACUGACCUUGGAAACUCCUCUGAAUCGACCUCCUCACAGUCUCCGACUCCGUGCCCAGACCCUCCAGCCACCCCAGACCUCUCUCACAACCAGUUCUUCUGGCUGGGCAAGGACUAUAGCAACCUUAUCACCAAGGACUGGGUGCAGCUGGACCGACCUUUUGAAGAUUUCAUCGACAGAGAGACCACACCCCGGAUGCCAUGGCGGGACAUCGGGGUGGUUGUCCACGGCCCAUCUGCCCGGGACCUUGCUCGGCAUUUCAUCCAGCGCUGGAACUUCACCAAGACUACCAAGGCCAAGUACAAGACACCCACAUAUCCCUACCUGCUGCCCAAGUCCACCAGCACUGCAAACCAGCUCCCCUUCACGCUCCCAGGGGGGCAGUGCGCCACCGUGCAGGUCUUGCGGUCAGUGGAUCGCUGGAACCUUGGAGAACUCCAUCCUCAAUGCCUACCUGCACACCAUCAGGGAGAGCCAGCACUUUCUCUACAUCGAGAAUCAGUUCUUCAUUAGCUGCUCGGAUGGGCGGACGGUUCUGAACAAGGUGGGCGAUGAGAUUGUGGACAGAAUCCUGAAGGCCCACAAACAGGGGCAGUGUUUCCGGGUCUACGUGCUUUUGCCCCUGCUCCCUGGCUUUGAGGGGGACAUCUCCACUGGCGGCGGUAACUCCAUCCAGGCCAUACUGCACUUCACUUACAGGACCUUGUGUCGUGGGGAGUAUUCAAUUCUACAUCGCCUCAAAGCAGCCAUGGGCACAGCUUGGCGGGACUAUAUCUCCAUCUGUGGGCUUCGCACUCAUGGAGAGCUGGGCGGGCACCCCAUCUCAGAGCUCAUCUACAUCCACAGCAAGUUGCUCAUUGCAGACGACCGGACAGUCAUCAUUGGUUCUGCGAAUAUCAAUGACCGGAGUUUGCUGGGGAAGCGGGACAGUGAGCUGGCUGUGCUGAUCGAAGACACAGAGAUGGAGCCUUCCCUCAUGGAUGGGGCAGAGUAUCAGGCAGGCAGGUUUGCCUUGAGUCUGCGGAAACACUGCUUCAGCGUGAUUCUUGGGGCAAAUGCCCGGCCAGACCUGGAUCUCCGAGACCCUGUCUGUGAUGACUUCUUCCAGUUGUGGCAAGACACAGCCGAGAGCAACGCCAAUAUCUAUGAACAGAUAUUCCGCUGCCUGCCGUCUAAUGCCACACGUUCCCUGCGGACACUCCGGGAGUACGUGGCCGUGGAGCCCCUGGCUGUGGUCAGCCCUCCCUUGGCUAGAUCUGAGCUCACCCAGGUCCAGGGCCACCUGGUCCACUUCCCCCUCAAGUUCCUGGAGGACGAGUCCUUGCUGCCGCCCCUGGGUAGCAAGGAGGGCAUGGUGCCCCUAGAAGUGUGGACAUAGCCAAGGCUCCAGACAGGGAGAGGUCUCCACUGCUGGCCUCCACCAUGUCUAACCCUGAGGACGGAGGGCCGUGCCUUUGAGAUUUGGAAACACAGCCAUAGAAGUCACAGAGGACUCUCACAUGAGACGUAGCCAGCAAGGGCAGUCCCAGCUCUGGGCUGGGGAGCAGGAGAGGAUCCUGGAGAAGCUCAUGUGCCCGGCUGUCCAUUUCAGACCACGGCUACAGAGGAGAUGCCUAACAGCCUGGCCUUCCAGCCUCUCAUUCCGGGAGGAGGAGUCUCGGCCCGAGCCUUUCCCAUCUCUCCCUUCUUCUUCCUGCCCUUGAACCUCCUCCCUGUCCCAGGGCCUCUCCCAGCCCAUGCUGCCAAGGUGGAGGAAGGACGAAGCCACUUCUGUUUUCAGCCCCCACCAGGGGCGGAGAAGAUUGCACACUAACUCCCUCCACCAGCCUGCUGACAGACACUAAUUUUGUAUCAUUUCAAUAGCAUUUCAUAAAUAAAAGUGAAGAAAGGC